UUCACAGUGCCGCCAUACAACAACAAACCCAUUAUAUUUGUGUCAAGUGUACGCGCAUUUAAAAUGCAUCAAAGACAACAAAAACAAAAGCACACCGACUGCAAUAAUUUUGUGACUGCAAAGCCAAUGACAUUUGCAAUUGAUUGUGUUUGAUUCUCAUCAGAGGAUAAAAAACGCAAAACAAAAAAAAAACAAAACGAAUUUAAAUUAAGCAAAAUGGCUUCAGAUGCAAAAUCUACGACAAUGUCCAACAAUGUCGCAAAAAUGUUGGUAGAGAUCACCACAGAUGGCAUACCCAAGCUCCAUUGUCCUGUGUGUAACAAAGCACUCGUUUCUCUGGCCGGCUAUGUGAAGCAUGUAAAGAAACACGAACCACCCGGAGGAUUCCAAUGUCGGUACUGUGAAGUCUGCUACUGCCAUGAGGAUCUACUGCAGGAUCAUGUCAAGGCGGAACAUCACGAUGUCGCCGCUAGCCAGGAUGGAGAACGUAAAACUUAUGUGUGCAAUAAAUGUGGGGCAGAGUACAAGUAUUUGGAGUCCUACAAAAGACACUGCAAUAAGUGUGGCCCCAACAAGCGGACAACUAAAAACAAUGAGAAAACUGAGGAGGAAACUCCAAGUGCAGGAAGCAGCAACUCAAUAAGACAAGUUGAAUGUAAAUUCUGUUCGACACGUUUCUCUUGCUCGUCAAAUCUGAUAAAGCAUCAACGCAGUCGUCCGGAUACAUGUGGGCAGGAAAUAUUUCAAGCAAACCGAAAAAGUUUUAUUGAUAUGGAAGACACAGAUGGUUCAAACUCCAAGAAGAAAAAACCCGCCCCACAACGACGUGGUAGAAAAAUAGAACCUUCCACAUCAGAUCAAGAAUUCAUAAGUGAAUCGCCGCCAGAUACCGAUAGCGACGACGAUAUACCCUUGGCAAGUCGUCGAAAACCUCAAAUUCAAACGGCGAUUCAGGCGCAGGCGCUUAAACAAGAAGAUGGACUCUCCGAUUCAACAGAGGAAUGCCCAGACUUCGAUCCAGCGAAUAGUGAUGAUGAACAGGAUGUAAUACAAUUCCUUCCCUUGCCUGCGCCCGCCAUGGAGGUGAAAGAGGAGGCAGUCGAUGAAGAUGGCGAAUUUGAUUAUCCCGAUGCCAGUUUAUUUGUGAAAGCAGAGAGUGCAGCGGAUAUAUUUAGCAAUGAAAAGGACAAAUUGUUAGAUGUUUUGCUUAGCACCGAUGAGGGUGAUGGUCUGAAGCCAUUUGAGAGUCUAAAGGUUGAACAUGCUGGUGGUGGCGGAAUCCUAGAUGAGAUAGCUACAGUCCCAUUGACCGAACACUUGGAAACCGAAUUGAUUGAAGAAGAUGUUCUCGAUGUACGAGUGGAUAAAACAAAGCGAGCCGGCCGAGCGGCAAAAAAUAAUCAAAAUGAAAAACCAAAACGAAAAUAUCGCAAGAGAAACGCUGCAAAGUCGCCAAGUUCUGAUGAAGACGAUGAGAUGAAUUCGUCACCAACACCUACUAAACGGGUGGCGAAAAUAUCGAAAAAAGAACUCAAAGAACGCCUGAAAAUGAUGAAUAAGGUGGAGAAAUCAUGGAAAUGUCCACACUGUGUGAAAAUCUAUCAUAUACGUAAACCCUAUGAGAAGCACUUGAGAGACGAUCAUAAACUGAAUGAAGAUGAUAUCAAGGAUAUAUUUAAGGAUGUGGACACCAAUGCCAAACUGGAUGAAGAAGUCUUCAAAUGCAAAAUCUGUAGUAAAAUCUAUUUGGUUGAAAAGAGACUAGAGACGCAUAUGAAGGUCCAUGGAGAAGAUGGAAGUUUGACCUUUAAAUGUCCAUGCUAUUGCAAUCUUUUCUUUGCCAGCAAAGAAUUGGCCACCGAACAUGCUCAUCAGCAGCACAAGGAGCUGCUCUAUUGUGAGAAAUGCGAUAAAUAUAUGACCGGACACGAUAGUCUCAAGAAUCAUGAAAAGAAUUUCCACUCCAAAAAGGAGCCAAGAAACUUGCCAAGGAAUUUGAUAUGCGAUAAAUGUGGUAAGAAAUUUAGCGGCCGCACUUCUCUCUCAGAUCAUGUGCGUUCGGAUUGCGGGCGAUUGCCUCUAUAUCAGUGUUCCGAGUGCGGCAAACGUUUAUCUACUGCUGGCAUACUAAAAACCCACAUGUUGCUUCACCAAGCAGAGACGCCGUAUCAGUGCGAUAAAUGUGGCAAAACGUUCAAAGUCAAAGCACAAUAUAAAUCGCAUCUUAAGACGCGACACACCGACUACAAACCCUAUAAAUGCCAUCUCUGUCCCAAGGAGUAUCCGUAUCGGGAGAGUUUGCUCACUCACAUGACUGUCCAUACGGGCAUAAAGCGAUUCCUUUGCAAUAAUUGUGGCAAACGGUUCACAUGCAUCUCCAAUCUGCAGGCACAUCGAAAGGUUCAUGCCGAUACUUGCGGACAGUUGCCCCUCAAUGCCAAGGCUACGCAGUAUAUGGGCGUGCAGAGGGGUAAAUUGUUGAUGGGCGCCAAGCCAGAAGCUGGUAUGGAAUAUGAGGAAACCAAGACUUUGAUUGCACAGGAAGUAAUUGAUCGGGAUAUGCCAAUGGCUCAGGAAUUGAAUUUUCCCUCGGAUGGAUCAACACCAUUGGCCACAGUUCCCCUAAAUUAUGCCUCAUCGCAUCUGGUGCAGCCUAUUGUGUUUCAAACGAUGCAAGCCAAAGUCAGGCGAGAGGAUUAGAUUUCCAAUUUAUACAUAUAUUAGUUUAUGGUUUUUUUAAUUUUUUUUAAAUUUACAAAUACUUUUUAGAAAUAAACUUAACAGAUAAAUGAAAA